UAUGUGUAUUAACACAGGACACAGGUGCAGGUUUGAUACAUACGCGCGUAUACAUUGUACAUGCAGAUGUACAUGCAUGCACGUGUGUAAGCAUGCCGCAGUAUGUAUGUAUAUGCAACAUGCUGCAUACGUAUAUAUAAGCGUAUGCAUGUGGGUACAUGGCGAUGAAGCGCAGACAGCAGGAUCGAUAAAAGAGGAUGAUCGUGACGACGGGGUGCGUGGGGUAUGGUAAAGGAAAGGAGAAUAACGAACAAGCAGAAGAAGGGAAGUAAGUAAAUGACGUGCGUGAUGGGUGCGAUUGGUUGGGAGCGAUUGUGAGGUUGUGAGGUUGUCGGGUUCAGGGUUCAGGUACGGGGUGGUGAGUCGUGCCGUGUCGUGACUCGUGAGUGUGAGUGGCAAGUGCGAAGGGUGGGUGGAACGGGCGCGGGCGGAGUGGGCGGCGGUGGUUAGGCGGUGAGCAUAAAGAGGAUAGGAUAAUACCGGUUGCGGUGCGCGACCUCCGCGGUAUCUUCAAGUUCGCCGCUUUAAUACCGGCAGAUCUAUAAUGUAGUGAUGCCGAAGAAAAAUACGAGGCAUGCGAGAGAGUUGGGGUUAACGAGAAGUUCUCAUCAUCGAACCAAUAAUUCUGGCGUCGUGCCGGAACAGGAAACGAGACACUUUCGCAGCGUUCGUAUUGGUCUUACCAACGGCAAACGUUGGCUAUCUCUUAAAAAGCGUCUGGGUCUGUCAACGGAUGAAGAUGUUGCUGUUUAUUUGCUCGAUCUGGCAGAGUCCGCUUCUAGACACAGCAGCAAACGGAAUGGAGAAGAGGAGGUUGAGACGAAUAGAAUUAAGAAAAACAAAAUGCAAAUGGCCUCGACUGAUUUAUCGGUAGAAGAUUCGGGAGAAUAUCUUCGACGGAGUUUGAGGAAACAAAGCAGUAUUGUUAUUACUGAACAUGAAACUUCUGUGAUCGCGGAACCACCCAGAUUAUCCAAAGAAGUGGAGAUAUAUAAUAGAUGCGAUCCACGAUCCAAACAUCACAAGAACAAAGUUAAACAUCGUAAGGACAAACGAAAAAAGAAACGCCAUCUAAAAACUGUUGAUGCGAUUGUACCUAUAGAAUCUACAAAAUCCCUGAUAAGGGAUACAACGUUGGAGGACAAGCAACAACUUCCUGCGAAGGGAGAUACUUAUGGGCUACCGCAGAAACACGAAGUCAAGUCGAACACAGAAAACAGCAGUUGCAAGACUGCUAGUGAAGAUGAAACUAUCGCAUCGAAGACUGAACAAAUAGAUAGUAUAGAAUAUAUAGAUAAUGUUAGUACGAAGAAAGAUACAUUUUAUUCUAACAUCGGAGAUGUCGAUGUGAAAAAUAUAGCGUCUAUAAAUGGGAAAAAUGAAACGUCGAAAUCAAAUGGUUCAACGAUAUUGUCUGCUGUUAAAAAUAAUUUCAGCAAGUCGGAAACACUAGUGGACAGAGUAUUAGACAAAUUGAAUGCAACCGGUGUUGUACCACCUGUACAGUUAGAACAGGAGAAAUAUGUUUCAAAUAUCGAUACUUUUGGUUGUGCUAGCGACAGCGAGAAAGGCGAUGCAGUCACUGACAUUGCUGCAUUGAAUGUAAACUUUGUCGAAGUGGAUGUAACGGACGUUCGUAAAUUGAAAAGAAGACGGAAACGAUUGAAAUAUGGUAUGCACGGAGAAGAAGAUGAAAAUAUGAAGGGGGAUUCAUCGGAAGAUUUCAUAGAGGAUUCUGUGCAUAAGCACAAAAGGAAAAGGCAUAAACAUACCAGCGAACACAGGAAUCGCAAACAUCAUGAUGUUCGGAAAGCGCCGCAAGACGGACUAAUCGUACAAGACGAUAAAGAUACUAGUCCUGUAAUCGACGAUGUAUCGUCGGUUAUUGUAGGCACGAGGCCGGAAACCGAAGGGAAUUUCGAACAUUUAAUGUCCGAGCCACAGAGGCUUGCUAUUAGGAUAAAACUUUGUCAGGAAUGUAACAAUCGUCACUUGCAAGAUGCCUGCCCAUUGACAACCCCGCAGUUCGCGAUUCCAGAUUCCAUAUCGCUAGAGGAUUGGUUAAACGAGCAUAAGGAAAAUCCAGAAAUAUUGAAAGCCAUAAACUGUGACGAUCCCAUGUCCGAUGGAUAUGGGCUAACAACCGAGGAUAAUAUCGAAUCAGACGACGAUUCAUCAUCGACGGAUCAUUGUAAAACAAAAGUGAAGACACAAAAGGAAGAGAAACGGUUGAUGGUAGACAACGAUCGACCGUUAUAUGCCCGAGACUCGUUGCCCGAUUGCUUUGAAUUAAGGGUUGCUAAUUCGGAUCAUGGACUCGGAAUAUAUGCCAAAAGUUCUGUUCCUAUGCACGUGAAAUUGGGGCCUCUUGUAGGACGACCAGUUAGGGAAAUGGACAUCCCUGACGAUUUUUCCAUGCGGCAUAUCUGGGAGAUAGAUAACAAUGGUAAAACUUCUUACGUCAGUACUACCAAUCCGCUACAAAGUAAUUGGAUCCGUUACAUUAGACCGGCAGAGACAAAGGAAGAAAGGAGUGUUGCUGUAAUUACAAAGCAAGGAGAAUUACAUCUAGUUACAACUCAAAAUAUUGUAUCGGGAAUGGAGCUAACAUAUUGGGCGGAUUCGCAAUCUUCGGCUUGGACAAGAAAAAAUAAAGUAGACAAAACGAAUUGUGGAGGUUGCAAUUUGAAUUUCACCCAUCCGAUAUAUUAUCGUUUGCACUGUUGCAUCUUCCAUGACACAAAUUAUAGUUUGACGAUAAGAAAAUAUCAUUGUAAGGUAUGCGGAGCUGCUGUAUUAGGUAAAGACAAUAUCAUGAAACAUGCGGCAGAACUGCACGGAGGUCAAGGUGCAUAUCAGUGUCAGUAUUGUAAAAAGUUCUUCUUACGUCUGAAUUAUCUCGAGAUGCAUCGAACGUAUGGAUGUGCGCAAAAUCCUCAACGUUCAAGGCCGUUGUGCGAUUUUUGUGGACGUAAAUUUUGUCAACCGCAAAAGCUCAAAGUGCACAUCAAACGAAUGCAUAGCGAUAUGUCCGAGGUCCUGCGCGAGUUUCAGUGUAAGCUUUGUUUAAAACUUUUGGGAUCACGUGCCGCUCUUCAGCGUCACAUGAAAGAAGUUCAUCACAAGGACGUGGUUGGUGCUGCGACUUGCGACAGAUGCGGCAAAAUGUUUCAAAACAAAAGUAAUUUGAAGAUACACAUGCUAACACACAGCGGCGUAAAACCGUUCAAGUGUAAAGAAAAUGGCUGCAAGGCCGCUUUCACUACAAAGCAAUGCUUACAAUUUCAUUACAAGAAGGUACAUGGUCUCACAGAAGAAAUGAUGCCAAAGAUUGAACGAUCCGUGGCGUACACUUUCGACGCGUACAGCGGUGGGCUCGUGGAAGACGUUGGUCGUGGCAAAACUCCUCGACCCAGCAGGAAAGUCCAGCAGGAUAACAACAACAGUUUAACGUCGUUGAACAAGGGUAGCUUCGAAGACAGCUUGCGGGUUGAAGCGCCAAGUAAUUUCACGCAUUCGAAUAUAAUCGAGUUUGGAACGAAUCCUACAGGCAAGUACAAAGUGGAACAUAAUUCGCGCGUUUUAAUAUCGCCACCGUCGUCACCGUCACCGUCGCCGUCGUCAGCGUUGACGUCGCAGCUGCAGCCACCAUCACCAACACAGCCGCCACCGCCACCCUCACCGCCACCACUGCCACCGCCACCACCACCGCCGCCACCACCACCACCACCACCACCACCACCACCACCACCACAACCACCACCGUUAAUGCUAACGGCUCUAGAUUCGGCAAUGGAAAAUGUUCGUAUAGAGGCAGAUAUAUACGGUGUUUCAAGAUUACAGAGUAAAGGCAGUAAAAAGUGGCUAGGUGAAUUCAAUCCAUCGAUUACGUUGAAUGUAAAUGCAACGUCGCACGCGACGACGAUUCCGCGUUUUUCGACGUCGGGCGUCGUUGUUGGAAACGCUUACGAGUUUGAGGACGCCAGAAAGGAAAUCGAAGAGAAAACUGCAUUGUCGACUGUAUCGGGUGCAGGAAGAAUGCAGAGCGUUAUGGAAAACAAGUUGGGGCUUAGCGUUUACAGAAGAACCGAGAGCGCGAAUGCUAGUUUGCUAGUCGAAGCUGCUCUUGACGCUGCCGAGAGAGAUAUAGGCGCCGUAUCUAGUCCGAUAUUGGAAGACAACGAUCGCGAUACCAAUCUUUAUUCGAUCUCCAGUCAGUUGCAGUCUCCGUUACCUCAAAGGUCGCCGAGUCAUUUGGAUUCUUACAUUCAACAACAGGAGGAAUUGAUGUCUCCGGCACCUACACCGGACAAUCGGAGUACUCCCCCUACUCAUUUACACGUCGAUUACCAACUCCAUCGAUCGAUCGAUUACAUCGGGACACCUAGAACGCACAAUAUCGAUCAGUAUUUGCAUCACGAAGAUAUACCGCGCGUUUCUUCCCCCAACACUUAUGUUCACAUGCAGCAGGACAAUGUAGUGUCACCGUCGGCAACGCCGAAUUCACGAUAUCAAGAUGUCCAUCACCAUCACCAUCAUCACCAUCAUCACCAUCAUCAUCCAGCGUCUACCGACAAUUUGUCGAGCGACGAGGGUGAUACCGUAGCGCAAAACCUCAGCCUCUCUGUCAAAGAGAAAACGAUGCAACUGGGUCUGUCGACAUCUUACAAAUACGAUGCCAUCGAUGAAACCUUUCCUAGGGAAAGAUCAAGUUUCGAGCCUCUUGUUCUAAAUGGUGGAGAACUUCAGGGUUUGGAUAUGACCGCGAGAGGAUUUCACCACGGUUUCAGUGUACAGAUACAAAAUACUGCACGGUAUCACCAUCACCAUCAUUUGUACGAGAUUACGGAAAGACAAACUGUCGAUCUCAGUAGAACGGGCAGCUAUUCGAUCUCGCCUCAGCCUCUCUCGACUCCUUCUCAGUCGACCGUUGCAGCGUCCGUAACGGUAGCAGGACCACCGUCGAUCUCGUCUUCCGUUUCUUCUUCUGCGCCGCAAUUGCAAUCACAAUCGGAAUUAUCGUCGCAACCGUCGCCAUCGUCGUCUCUGACAUCGGUAUCAAUACCGAUUCCGGUAUCGGAGUCUGUAUCGGCGUCGGUAUCCGCAAUGGCAUCGGGAUCGGUAUCGACAUCUGGAUCCGCGUCCGUGUCUGCAUCUACAUCCGCAUCAGAUUCAUCCGUAUCGAAUUCGGUACCACCGCCGCCUCCACAGCUAUCGUCGUCACCGCCGCUACCACCGCCACCUCCGCCACCGCCGCCGUAUCCUCAUAACGAUAUACUGAGGAUUGCGAGUUUAGAUCUUACUCCUGGUGGUAGGCACACCGUUGAUCUCGCCUUAUCGAGAGGUCAUCAUCUGCACGGAUCUGAAGCGCGCGUCAUCACGAGUCCGCAAUCGACUGGCUCCGGUGCUCAGCAUGUUGUAGCUGAUCCGGCGGAUGGUCGAAUUUUGUCUUCCCCACCGCCGCCGCCGCCGCCACCUUUGUCAGGCUACAAUCCGAAUUAUCCUGUAAGUCCGACACCGUAUCAUCCACCUAGACCAGCAUACCAUCAUUACACCGGCUAUUAUUGAUUUAUAAUCGAUUAUUUCGUAUUCGGCUGAUUCGCCAAGUUGGCUAGUUGGAUCGAUAUUAUUAUGUAUUAUAUUAUAGUUCUUUUCAGUAUUCUCUCAUCAAAGAUUGACAUUUUCAAACUUUACCGAACGAAUGUUUGCUGUCCGAACGUGUUACUUGUGCCAGCAAUCGAUGCGAUCAUUAGAUAGAAAUUAAAAUGUUGUCGUUUCGCAAUGUUACGCUAUUUCGCAAUUGAACGUUUAGUUUCAGUUUAACUCAGCUUGGCGUAACUCAGCCUAGCUCGGCUCGAGCUAUUUUGCUAAACAUAAAUAAUUAUUAUACGCUGUAAGGGUAUCGAUGAUCGUUUUUAAUUGGACACGUUGGGACAAAGGUGAUAGCGACUAAUUACAGAAUAUUGUGAUUCGAUUGCAUUUUUAGUCGCAUGUACUUGUAGAGUUUUAAACACCGAAGAUUUUAUUUUAGAAGCGACAAUGACGAAUAUCGAUCAAAGUCUCUCUACCUUUCGAGCAAAAGUACAAGUUUGGAUUAGAGAGGCGCACAAAUGUAAUAAAUGCAGCGACGUAAACUCGUUGAAUUAACAAAGACAUUUUAAAAAUUUUCUACGAUCAAAGUAGUCGACUGAUAGGACACGAUCGUCGUAAAAGUAUACAUAUAGCGAAAUGUGACAUGUAUUUAUUAUUUUUCAAACGGACAUUAUUUUUUUAAGAUACGUGAUAAAUUAAGAACAAAAUCGUAGAAGGAACGUUUGUUCCAUGAGACCCGCGGAUCAAAGAAAUUAUGUACUACUAUUUCGAGUAUCUAGCCUUUAAAUCACAUAUUCGUAUUACACAAACUUCUCCUGAACAGUGCAAAAUUUAACGAGAUGAUUAUACUACAUGUUUCUAAAAGGCGAUAAUAAGAUUCUUCGUCGGUGAUCGUUGCGAGAUUUGCGAGACGAUAGUGCGAAAUCUUUGCUACGCAAGGGAACGUUUGCAUGUUUCCUAUUUAUCGACAUGUCUGCUUUCGUGUUUUUUGGUAUUGCUGCAUACAACGUACGUAGUUCUUUUUUUUUAUAUGAUCGUUGCCCAUUGCAGCAUUUCCGUUAAUUGCAUCACCAUCGACAAACUGUUCGUCUCUUGAUUCGAUUCGAAAGAGUUUUCUGUUUUGUCGUUUAUUUUUCUGCCUCGAACGAUCGUUUCAAUCGUUCGAGGCAGUUUAAGAAUUCGCUAAAUAAACUGAGCGAGUUGCCUAAUUUAGCGCUGUAAGCUGUAAGUAUGUCCAUCACGCAUAGCGAUAAAAAAUUUUAAACGUUCGUUUUUAUUCUAGUCAUGGUACGCACCUAUAUAAGCAUCAAUAUUAUUAUCUAUAGUUACAUGAAUUGUAUCCCGGGGAUUGCAAAUGAGCUACGCAUUUUGUAAUGUACGUACAAGCCAGUACAUUGAGUCAUGAUAUUUUUUCAUGUUUAAACUGUAGAUGAGAACAUUAAAUACAUAUGUGAUUGUAUUAUACUAAAAUAUCAAAUAAGACUGUAUCUCAGUUGCAAUGUUCGUAGCGAAAUGCAGGCGAGUAGCUUCCAAAUGAUCGAGUAUUAAUUAUUUGUUAAGUGUUUUUUCGAACCAAAGAUUACGAAAUCAUGGAACUUUUGUGCCAAAUUGAUCAGACAUUAAGUGCACACUGUAUGCGAAAUAAUGGAACUUGAUAAUUAUUUUUUUGUUAUUUAAACAUAUUCGUAGCAUUUACGAUACGUAGGCACAUAGAUGCACGGUUGUGUGUACGUACGUACGUAUGUAUGUAUUUAUGUAUGCAUGAAUGUAUGUACACAUGUAUGUGUGUAUGUAUGUAUGUAUGUAUGUACAUAUGUUGAUAUGUUUUCGUAAGUAAGCGAAGUAUACGUGUAUAUGUAUCGUUUGAGUUUUACAAUUUUACAAUAGUAACGCAACGAGUUUUUAAGUUUUUAACCAAGUGUAUAUAUACAACAUAUUCGUUGUAUUUUUAGCAUAAUACCAACGUCGAAAAGAAAUUGUCAAAACGGCCAUCAGGUGAAUCAAUUUUUGCAGUUAUUUAUCCGUAGGUAUGUCAUCGGUAAUUAUCAUAACGAAGAGAAACUUCACAUUACAAUGUUUACGAGUACAAAUAUAGCACGAACAUAUUUGUAUCGACUUCAUUAACAUUAUAAACGAAAUAAAUAGAAUAUAAUAGAAAACA